AUGGACGACCGAGUCAUGUUUCUCCCUGGAAUCAUUGUCCAGGGGCAUGCCUGGGCGCUGGUAGCAGUAACACAAGGCGGUCUGCUACGAAACGGUGGAGAGACUGUCAUCUGGACACAGAUCCCUAUCGGUUCAACCGAAGGGCUGCAAGUCAUCGUACAUGAUUUCAGAUCAGUUGGCCUGAUCGCUAUCGCUCCUCUUCUCUCCGCCAGACUCCGAGUUCUCAAAAAUGUUCUCGCGGUGUACGGCAUGCUCGAGGUACUCGGCCUUGAGCUCACCCUUUUCGUUGUACCGGAAGGGCUCGUUGAGCGAGAUCUUGACACAGUCGAACACGCUGGUACUCUUCUUGAAGAUGUCGUCCAUUUCCUCGAGGGAGCGGAGACGGGUUUCAGGGAAGAAGAAGUAGACGCAUGGGAACAUGAACGCGUUGCUAUCGAGGAGUUACGGUUAGUGGUUUCGCUCAAGUGCCAGAGGAAUGGGUGUGGAAUCGGAAACUUACAUGACAGCGAAGAUAAUAUAUGUCUUGUAUUGAAUGCUGUCGAAUGCGACGGGAGUGAUCAUCACAACCAUGAAGUUGAAGAUCCAGUUACCACUAGAAGAGAUGUUAGUUUACCCAUCUUUGACACCAAGUUGUUGGAGAGCGCCUUACCUGGUCGACAGCGCAUUUGUGGGUGCACGAAUACGAAGGGGCACGAUCUCGGCAGGGUACAGCCAGGUCAUUCCCAACCAACCAAAAGCGAAGAAGGUGUUGAAGACAAACAGGAAGACAGCCUGGCAGAUGCCAGCGGCCUUAUCGUCGAAAGUAAUGACACGGUAGUUGGUACCAGCAAGCACGCCCAUGGAAAUUGCCAUACCGGCGGCCUAAGACUAUCGUUAGCAACUGGGUAA